AUGAUAAUUGUUGGUGAUGACGUAGCUGUAGGUAGUUCAAAGGGUGGAAUGGUUGGACCUUGGCAGCUACUGCAUUGGUUUACAAAAUUGUUGGAUCUGCUGCUUCUGAAAUUGAAGAUCUAAGCAAGCUAAAAGUAUUGGGUGAUGCCGUUGCGAAUAAUGCAGUGACCAUUGGUGCCACCUUAGAUCAUUGCUCUGUUCUGGACGUGGUAUUGCAAACUUCGAGCCUAUUGGUCACAAUGAUGCAGAAAUAGUUCUAGGAAUUCAUAACGAAACCUCGAUUAAGAAGGUAAACCUAUACCAAGGAUAGACUCCUUAGUUAAGGACUUAUUAGAAUUCCUAUUAAACGAAAAUGACAUAGAUCCUUACUUUGUACCAUUUGAUGUCAGUAAUUAUGAAACGGUCUUGCUAGUCAACAACCUUGGGGGCACAUCUACUUUAGAAAUUAUGCUAUUACAAACUGCGUUAUCGAAACAUUAUAUCAACAAUUUGAGACCAAAAAAAGUGGGAGAAUUUGUCACGUCUUUAAAUGCCCCUGGUUUUUCCACUACCUUACUCAACGUCUCUUGUGCAUCUAAACAAUCGCAAAUUUCCCUUUCAGAAAUAAUGAGUUACUUGGAUUUACAGAUGCCCCUGGUUGGAAGGUGCAUCCGUGGGAGUUUGAAGGAGACAUCAAUAUUGAGUCAACAAUCAAUGCUGUCGGUUCUUUUGCCAAGUCACACUUAAUGCUUUCCACGGAACAACGUAUGUACUUUAUAAGCAGCCUAGUUAAUGGAUUGCAAAAACUAUUAAACAAAGAACCAAUCAUCACACUUUACGAUACUGUUGCUGGUGAUGGUGAUUGUGGUGAAACCUUAGUGUCUGGUGCAAAUGGAAUAUUGGAAUCAAUAAGGAACAAUGAAAUCUGCUUUGAAGAUCCAUUUUAUUCCAUAUCUCAAAUAGCAAACAUUGUAGAGGAUAAAAUGGGCGGAAACUCAGGUGGCUUAUAUUCAAUUUUUCUUAAUUUCAUUGAUAAAGAACCUUCGAGAUUGUACUACAUUGAACUUGUGCGAAAUUUUUGCUAGUUGCUUGCAUAAUGCGCUAUAUCAGGGCUUAUAUAAAUACACUAGAGCAAGAGUGGGUGGAAGAACUUUGAUUGAUGCUUUAGAACCGCUUGUCAAUACCUUCAGCAACACUCUAAAUUUCUCAAAGGCUGCCCAGGCUGCUAUCGACGGAUCUGAAUCCACUAGGAAAUUAGCUGCAAAAUUCGGGAGAGCGUCUUAUGUCAGUGAACAAGAAUUUAAACAGUUUGACGAAGAAGGAGGCUUACCCGAUCCGGGAGCUAUUGGAUUAGCCACCUUAAUUGCUGGAUUUGCUGGUAUUGACUAUAAGUAA